AUGAAGGAGGCCGAGCCGUCGCCGCUUCCCGUGGGCAUCCUGAGCGACCGUAAGCGAAAGAAAAUGUCGUCAGGCGCGUCGCAGUCUGUCGCACAGCAACCAUCUAGCGACGCGGGUGCGACUCAUGGCUCGCUCUUGAAUCUCCUCAGCAGCGUCAUCCCAUUCGCCUCUGAUCCCGCCAAACGGCAACGGCUACAUCCCGCGGCUAACUCCCUCUCCCGCGCCGCGGCUGGCUUCAGCAGUAGAGAAGGCGUUUCUUCCGGAUCAUAUCCUCGCGGCUUUCACGCCGUGGAUGGAGGAAGCAGCAUGCCAGCGUGGCAUGAUGCUGAUGCUGGAAAGGCUUCUGAAGCGGAUAUGGGUUUCGAUGAUCCAACUCACCCGAACAACGGGAGAAGAUCCCGAGGAGGCACAGGUAGCGGGAAGGAUCGAGAGGGAGGCGAGGAGGAGGAGGAGGUCGAGGGGGAGGAGGGACGGCAGGAGGGGGGAAGGAGCGGGUCGUUGACUGUGUAUAAAGAACCGUUGGGCCCGCGUCACAACCUCUUACCCAUGGCCGCGCAGUCUCUGGUUCAGCGGCUGAUGCCACGUGGCAUGAACGGGCCUGUGCGGCGGUCGCCGCAGUCGAAGCGGGUCGCUCUCGCCUCGCCUGGUGGGGCCGCGCAGCAACCGCGCGCGCACGCGAUUAUGCAGUCGCAACCGCAGGACCGGCGGCAGGCGCUUGCGUCGUCUCAUGCGCAGGCGCAUCCGCAGGCGUUGUUUUCGCUGUCACUCGGUGGAGCUAUGGAUUCGGACAGGCGGGGUGCGGCUGUCCAGAUUAUUUCGAGCCCAUGGAGGUUAGAAGACGGAGGAGGAGAAGCAGCAGCAGCAGCAGGUGGAACGGGCGCAGUGUCGAGAUUGUUUCAUUCCCCAGGGCGAAAGGAUCGGUGGACCGCGACUCUAGACAGGAAGAAGCGGAGGGAGUCGGGGGCGAGUGGGUCUGGGAGGAACGCGGUUGCGUCACCUGGAGCAGCAGCACGAACAGCACGAGCACGCGCAGCAGCAGGGGGAGGAGGAGGAGCAGGAGGAGGAGCAGGAGGAGGAGUAGGAGGAGGAGCAGGAGGAGGAGCAGGAGGAGGAGUAGGAGGAGGAGCAGGAGGAGGAGCAGGAGGAGGAGUAGGAGGAGGAGCAGGAGGAGGAGCAGGAGGAGGAGUAGGAGGAGGAGCAGGAGGAGGAGCAGGAGGAGGAGUAGGAGGAGGAGUAGGAGGAGGAGUAGGAGGAGGAGUAGGAGGAGGAGUAGGAGGAGGAGUAGGAGGAGGAGUAGGAGGAGGAGUAGGAGGAGGAGUAGGAUCAUGGGCACCGGACGAAGCAGCUGCAAGGUCGGUGACUGGCGCAUGGAUUGGGGUGUCGCGGAAGGUGGUCGGCGAGCAGUGGCAGCAGCAGAUGGCGGAUUAUAAGCAGAUGGCGGAGCGGCGCGCGCACAUGACCCCGGGGGAGAUGGAGCAGCAGAGGCAACGCUUCGAGGGGAGGCCGGGGCUGGACGAGCUUCUUGCCACAACUCCUCGCCAUAACGGAGGGGUUGCUGGAAAGCCUUGGCAAGCCGAGCAAGCGGAACCAGUUGAUUUGGAGGAGGGAGAGGAGGACGAGGAGGGAGGGGACGCUUGCGAAGAAGCGGUGUUUGGCGUUGCACCUAUAUUACCAGCAGCAGCAGCGGCAGCAGCAGGAGCAGCAGCAGCAACCCCUGCCUCUGGCGCGGCCGCUUCCGCCAUUGCCCGUGCUCCUGCUCCUGCCAUCGGUGCAACAGCGGCUGUGAUUGAUGCAAGUGUGGGAGCAGCGGCAGGCGCCGACCCCUCCGCUCUGGCCUCCUCCGCGCAAGCUGCUCUCGUGACAGUAUCGACCUCUGAGCGCUUGCGCAUGGAGCGAAAUCGGAGCCUGCAGGAACGGAAGCUGCGCGUGCGGGAGAAUGAGCAUCAGGAGGAGGAGAGGAGGGCGAAGAUGGAGGAGCUUGAGAGGGAGUUUUUGCGGAUGGAAACGGAUAGGAAGGGCACGAGGGAGCACGUGCAGGAGCGCAGAGCAGCAGCGGAGGAGCUACAGCGCGCGAAGGCCAAGCCCGUGGUGCGGGUGUUAUCAGAGGAGGAGGAGAAGCAGGUGAAGCGCGCCUUCCAAGGGGGACACAGUGGCGAGGAGCUGGCGUUCCACGAGGGGGCGAACAUCAUAGUCACGCGCAACCACAUGCGCUGCCUCAUGCCGGGGGGAUGGCUCAACGACGAGGUGAUCAACAUGUACUUAGAGCUACUCAAGGACCGGGAGAGGCGCACACAGCAGCCCAGCAGCAGCAGCAAGGGCCGCAUGCCCGUGUGCCAUUUCUUCAAUACCUUCUUUUACGCACGGCUCACGGGCACGGGGCAGUACCUCUACAACUCAGUGCGUCGCUGGACCACGCCCAAGCGCCUCGGCUACUCACUCGCUGACUGCGACAAGAUCAUAGUGCCAGUGCACCAGGGCGUGCACUGGGUGCUGGCGGUCAUUGCCCCGCGGGACAAGCGCCUCAUCUUCCUCGACUCGCUGCACGGCCAGGACCGCACGUGCCUUGAGAACCUGGCGCGCUACUAUGCGGACGAGGUGAGGGACAAGACAGGCCAGGUGGUGGACACGAGUGGGUGGGAGCGCUGCUUCCCUCGGAAAAUCCCCCAGCAGAUGAACACGUGA